AUGUUUAAAAGCCGUGGUGACAGUAAUAUUGUUUAUAAAUGUACUGUUCGCUUAUUAGAAGAUACUGAAAUAUUGGAGUGUGAAUUUCAUCCCAGUUAUAAGGGAAAGUUUCUCCUGGAGCAUGUGUGUCAACAAUUGAAUUUGACAGAAACAGAUUAUUUUGGACUUCGAUAUGUAGACUCUGCUGGCCAAAGGCAUUGGCUGCACAUGGCUAAAUUAAUACUGAAGCAAGUAAAAGAUGCCUCGCCGAUACUAUUCAGCUUCCGUGUGAAAUUCUAUCCACCAAAUCCAUUGCUGCUGAAAGAAGAUGUCACCCGAUUCCAAAUUUAUCUGCAGUUGAAGCGAGACCUUCUGCAUGGACGUCUGUACUGCACAUCAAAUGAAGCAGCAAUGCUGGGUGCACUGAUAAUUCAAAUCGAACUCGGCGACUACGACCCGAACAUUCACGUGGGCAAUUACGUCACUGAAAUGCGGCUCCUGUUGAGACAAACAGAUGCCAUCGAGUCUAGAAUACAGGAGCUGCACAGAGAGCCAGUGGAAGGUACUCCUUGUGGUGCUGGGGGUGUUAAAGGUCUCUCCACACAAGAAGCUGAAAGGACCUUCCUGAAGAUAGCAUGUCAGUUGGAUACCUAUGGAGUUGAUCCACACCCCGUGAAGGACCACAGAGGGAAUCAGUUGUACUUGGGCAUCAAUCAUGGUGGCAUAUUGACAUUCCAAGGCAGCCGAAAGACCCACCACUUCAAAUGGUCCGAGGUGAACAAGAUCAAUUUUGAGGGUCGGAUGUUCAUCGUGCACCUCAACUAUCCUGAAAAAAAGCAUACAGUAGGCUUUAAAUGUCCAAGCGGCGCCGCGUGCCGACAUGUGUGGUGUUGCGCAAUCGAGCAAAUGUUGUUCUUUACGUUGCCCUCGUCGUCGGACGCGUGCGUGUACUCUGGCGGCGGGCUGUUCUCGUGGGGCACCAAGUUCAAGUACGUGGGCCGCACCGAGCGCGAGAUCCUCGAGCGGGACGGGCUCCUGGCGCCGCGCGACCACCAGGAGGAGGGUUCCAGCGCUGGCGGCAAGAGAAAAGCGUCAAGUGUUCCCGCCACGCCAUCUACCCCGAUGACUGGCGACUUUGGGUACAGCAGCCUGCCGCGUUCCACGCACAGCGCGCCGCUGGAGGAGAGCGGCAUGGGCCCAGGUGGGGUGCCAGAGGCCGAGCUCUGCGACGGCGGCUGCCUGCUGAGCGGGCCCGCCGUCGACAUCGCACUCGCCUGCUGUGACAAGCCCCAAGGCUCGUGCCCGGAGUACAGCACCAGGGAUCCGUUCGAGCACUCGUCCACCGAGUCGGGGGCGACCCACGCGACGCACGGGACGCACGCGACGCACGGCUCGCACGGGACGCACGGCUCGCACGCGACGCACGGCGCGCACGCGGCGCACGCGAGCGACGAGUGGGCGCGGCCCGCCCUGCAGCCGCCGCCCCGCCCCUUCAGCCUGCUGCGCGCGUUCGUGCCCUCGUUCGUGUUCGUGUGGCUCUCGCUCGCGCUCGCAGCGCUCCUGCUCUUCGAGACCGACUGGCCCCCCCUCCGGCCCCUCAAGCGGAAGCCCGAGCUGGUCUCCCUCCGCCACCACUACUACGCGCCCCUUAAGGAGUACCUAAAGAGGAAGGUCGUUGAACUUUUU